UACAGUUAUCUUUAUAGUUAUCAUUCUCGGUGUGAAAGGUCUUAAUAAUGCGUUUCAUGGAUUCUCAUCCGUGGAAAGCGGCACUUCCGGUAUUUUGCCUGUUAUUCGACAUGGCAAAUUGAAAUCAAGGAUUUUUUUAAAUCAAGUACUCGAAUUUAAUCGAGGAAUCGUGACAGCCCUAUUAUGCACCAAGCAGUACAUAUAGAACAUUUCCUAUCUUUUAUGCCAAUGGAUCCAGGUAACAAAAAACAGAUUCCCCUUGUUUUUUGCACAUCCUGCUGGUGACCGUUAAAGAUGUAGACGAAAUUAGUAUAAAUAUAUAAAUAUAUAUUAGAGGAUUAUUAUUAUUAUUAUUAUUAUUGUUAUUAUUAUUAUGUUUGAUUCCCACCUUUUCCUGAUCUGUGUGAAUGUGUGUGAUCCAGCAAACACAAGCACACAGGGCACCUCAUCCAGUAAACACCAAAGAUCAUCCCAGUUUCAUGACACCAAUGAUUCAAAACAUGAUCCUUCAUGACGUGUUGGACCCUACAGGCUUUAACACUGAUUCUAUGACUAUAAAAUAAUGAAACCACAAGCAUCUGCACUGAUAACUGAGAAACGUAUCACACUAAGCCAGGAAUAUUCUUAGCAGAUGUCACAUAAUUUAACAGGGAAUAAUCAAGUAUGUUACAGGAAAACAAAUCCGCAGCUUCUGUUGUAACCGAGUUUUUCAUCGUGGGCUUCCCUGGACUCCUGCCCAAAUACUACAGCCUGAUGGCAGUGCUUUUGUUCUGCAUCUACAUCGCUGUAAUCACCGGCAACUCUCUCAUUGUGAUCCUGUUUGUGAUUGAACGCAGCCUCCAUAAGCCUAUGUAUAUUAUCUUGCUGAGUUUGUCCUUUUCUGAUAUAGGUUUUUGCACAGUUGCUCUGCCUAAAGUCAUUUCUCGCUACUGGUUUAAUGAUGGUUAUAUUGCAUUCUACGUUUGUUUGUUUCAAAGGCAGCUGAUUCACUAUUUUGGGACCCUAAACUCUCUUAUUAUGAUGAUCAUGGCUCUAGAUCGGUACUUGGCGAUCUGUUACCCACUAAGAUACCCUGUUUUAAUGACUAACCGCACUAUGAGACUUCUAAUAGGGUUUUCCUGGGUUACUGCAAUGAUUGCCCCAACCAUCAGCUCAAUGCAAACAGUGAAAAUGCCAUUCUGUGGGCCAAACAUGAUCGCUCAUUGCUUCUGUGAUGGUGUAUCUAUGAACCAGCUCGCCUGUGCUGAUGCCACCCUCGCAAAUCUCAUUGCCUACAUUGUAGCAAUGGUUGUGCUUCUCCUACCAUUCUCUUUCAUCAUCUUUUCCUAUGCAAGUAUCCUGGUGUCUGUGCUUCGAAUAGCAAAUGCACAGGGUCGUAUGAAAGCCUUUUCUACCUGUGCCACACAGCUGACUAUCAUUAUCAUCUAUUAUGUGCCACGUUUCGUGGUUUACUCCGGUUCUAGCAUCCCGAACAUUCAGAUGAACAGCAGUCAGAAGAUCGCCCUGGUCAUGUUCUACAGUCUGCUUCCACCACUAGUGAACCCCUUUAUUUACUGCAUCAGGUUUAAAGAAAUCAGACAGUUCUUUUUCAAAUGGUGUGUCCAGAGAAACAGAAUGAGUCUAAAGGUAAAUAGGUUAACUAUUUCUAAAUGAGACUGUCUGCCUGUCCCUGUUCAUGCUGUAUAUAUGCAUUUACAAUAUAUAUAUAUAUAUAUAUAUAUAUAUAUAUAUAUAUAUAUAUAUAUAUAUAUAUAUAUACGCACACAUAUUAUAGCCUAUAUAUUAUCCAGUUCUUAAUUUAAAAAACAAUACAUGGAAUAUUUGUAGUGUUAUUUGUCACACUGCAGGCACAUUUAUCAACUGUAAUAUAUUUAAAUUAUAAGUAAAUAAGUAAAUCAUAAAUUUCCUACCAGACAUACAUACAAUAUAAGUGCAGUUUUUGUUUUAAUUCAUAUUGUUUAAUUAGAUUACUAUUAAUAAUAUGUUCUAUUAUUUUAUUUAUGCAUCUAAUGUCUUGGUAAUGAAUGCUUUUACCUGUUUUCAUUAUUAUUUCUCAUAAAUUAAAACUACAUUCCAGUUAAAAUUAUGCGAUCAUUUACUCACUUUUUUAUCGAACUGGUAAAUGUCAAAGAAUGUCGCUGAGCGAUAAAAAUAGUUGAUUCUUACCGCAUGCAGUUUGAGAAACGUGCAGGCUGUUGCAUCGAAGGCCGUGCUGUGUGUGCUUGUGAGGUUUCUAUGGUAAAUACCAAAAUACUAUAGUUUCAAGUGUUUCGUAUGAGACAAUCAGUAGUGUCUCACUACCAGAUGCUUGGAGGCUCAAAAAGCGGAAUCCAGUCGGAUUCAUCAACCGUAAUAUAUUUUAAUUAUAUUUGUCUUAUUUAUGAUAUUUGCUUUAAAAUAUAGUGCAUAAUAUUAAUAAUAGUAAAUUAAAAUAAAUAAAAUACAAUUCAAGAAAAGUUUCUUGUGAUUUGAUGGGAGUUACUGUGUUUAGUGGUAAAAAAAAAAGCUCACAUUCAUGGUGUAAAGUUAGCUAUAGGUCUAUAUAUAAAGUGGCCAGUGAGUCAAGUCAAGUCAAGUCAUCUUCAUUUAUAUAGGCUAGCACUUUUCACAAUACACAUUGUCUUAAAGCAGCUUCACAGUGACAGUGAGUGUAUUUAUUAUAUAACAUACCCACCGGCCACUUUAUUAGGUACACCUUGCUAGUACAAGGUUGGACCCCUUUUGCCUUUAGAACUGCCUUAAUUCUUUGUAGUAUAGAUUCAACAAUGUGCUGGAAACAUUCCUCUGAGAUUUUGGUCCAUAAUGACUAAAGAUGCACCGAUUGAUCGGCCAGGGAUCGGAAUCGGCCGUUCCCUUUCGAAAGGGAACUUCUACUCUGCGCUGACUGCGCUAGGGGAACGCCAAAUGCCAAAAAUCACCACACUCCAAUCCUAUUGGCCGGCGACAGCCUAUCACGUCAAACGGCGCGAACCGUGACGUAUAAAGGGAGCGCCUGGGGAAACAGCCGACAUCCUUUUGUCUUUUCGCGACUGCUUUUGCUCGUGCCUUUUUCACUCUGCCAAAAGAAAAUAUGUCUGCUAAAUCUGCUAAAAGAAGUGUGCUGAUCCUUGUCCCAGGUUUUCUGACACCGGAAGACACACACAACUUGUGCGUUUUCUGUCUGGGCGAGGAGCACGCACGGUCAGUACUUGAGGGUGCUGCCUGUGCUAACUGUGAGCAUUUUUCUAUGAAAACGCUCCAUUCUCGUUUGGCCCUCUUCUCGAGAGGAGAAGUGCCACCACCGCUGCCUGGUGGUUCCGGCCCCGCUCGUGCUGAGGCUCAGCGGCGAUUGAAAUCAUGGGGCUCGCAGGUGGAGCUCUCUGAAGAAUUUGAGAGGGGUGUCUGUCUUUCUCAAGCUGAAGCGACUGACGAGGAGCGAGUGCUCUCUUGGUCCA